CAGCUAUAGCCUGAUGGCUGACAUUUAUGCUUGUUUCCGAACAAGUCCACAUCUCGGCUUAUUCGUUUACAUAAUCUAGGGAAGUGGUAGCCUGAUUUCAGGUAAAUACAUCUGCAGGAAGGAGAGAAUGACCCACAGAGAGGGUCUCAGAGCCAACUCCACCCACUUCUCUCUGGAUGGAACACCCUUUCACAUCCUGGGAGGCUCCAUCCAUUACUUCCGGGUUCCCAGGGCAUACUGGAGAGAUAGGCUGAUAAAACUGAAGGGCUGUGGCCUAAACACCCUCACCACGUACGUGCCAUGGAACCUGCAUGAACCGGAGAAAGGAGUGUACUGCUUUAAUGAUCAACUGGAUCUGGUGGCAUACAUUCAUCUGGCAGCAGAGUUAGACCUCUGUGUGAUUCUUCGUCCAGGACCUUACAUAUGUGCUGAGUGGGACUUGGGUGGUCUCCCCAGCUGGCUGCUGAGGGACAAAAAUAUGAAAUUGAGAACCACCUACUCAGGGUUCACAGCAGCAGUUAACUCCUACUUUGACAACCUUAUACCAAGAGUUGCACCUCUUCAGUUUAAAAGAGGUGGUCCCAUUAUUGCAGUGCAGGUGGAGAAUGAGUACGGCUCAUAUGCAAAAGAUGAGCAUUACCUGACAUUUGUAAAAGAGGCUCUAGAAUCCAGAGGAAUCAUAGAGCUUCUGCUGACUUGUGAUAAUCGGGAGGGUUUGAAAUGUGGAGGCGUGAAUGGAGCUCUACAAACCAUAAACCUUCAGAAACUGACAUUUGGAUCCAUACAGUACUUGGCUAACUUACAGCCCCAGAAGCCUUUGCUGGUGAUGGAGUACUGGUGUGGCUGGUAUGAUGUGUGGGGGGGUGCUCAUCAUGUAUUCUCUGCUCAAGAUAUGAUUGCAGUGUUGAAAGAACUUUUUGAACAUGGUGUCUCCAUCAAUCUGUACAUGUUCCAUGGAGGAACCAGCUUUGGAUUCAUGAAUGGUGCCACAGAUCUUACUUCCUACAAACCACAAAUCAACAGUUAUGAUUAUGAUGCUCCAUUAUCUGAAAAUGGGGAAUACACCAUUAAAUAUCAUCUUUUAAGAAACCUUUUGAGGGGCGUGCAAAAUGAGCUACCAUGUCUUCCUGCAGUCCAGGACAAGCAGGUGUAUGAACCAAUUGUCCUUUCUCAGCACAUUUCUUUAUGGGACAGUCUUCAGUGUGCAGACAAGCCUUUCAGGUCAGAUGACCCAGUGAACAUGGAGAACUUGCCUGUCAAUCAUGAUAAUGGUCAAUCAUAUGGGUAUACACUUUAUGAGACAACCAUUUACAAAGGUGGAGCCCUAAAUUCAAGGAACCAUGUUCGUGAUCGAGCUAUGGUAUUUGUUGACAAACAGUUCAUUGGUAUUUUGGACUACACAAUGCAGGAAAUUGUAGUGCCCCAUGGUGAGAGGGAGAGAAUUCUGGGUUUGCUGGUGGAGAACUGUGGGAGAGUCAACUAUGGUCCUGCUCUGGAUAAACAGAGAAAGGGUCUUGUUGGAGACAUUACCCUCAACUAUGUCCCACUAAAGAAGUUCACCAUGUACUCACUGGACUUAAAUCCCAGCUUUAUAAACAGGUUGCAGUCACUGAGAUGGAAAUCAACAAGUCAGAACCCCCUCUACCCUGCAUUCUUUCGAGGCAGUUUGAUAGUGGAAGGUCAUCCCAGAGAUACCUUUAUCUCGCUGCCGGGGUGGAGCAAAGGAAUAGUCAUUGUGAAUGGCAAAAAUCUAGGACGACAUUGGUCAGUGGGUCCUCAGAAUACCCUCUACCUACCUGCUCCAUGGUUGAGCAGUGGAGAUAACCAGGUUAUAGUUUUUGAGGAACACAGAGCAGGAUGCAAAAUCCAUUUUGCAAAGAAACCACAACACGGCAGAACAACGGAUGUCUCCAGACAGCCCUUUUGUAACCUGCUUUAAAAACGGAAUGCAGAAUCUACUGUUGUUUUCAUUGAUAAAAAGCAUUCAUGCACAGGAUAAAAAUCCAAUUCAAAAUUCCCUUACAUUCUUUUUUUACUCCCUACUUUUUUCUGGCCUGUAUCAGAUUCCAAAAAAAUGAUUGGAUGUUAGCGCAUUUACCAGUUUGUAAUGUUGCCAUUCCUUCCCACAGCACUUUUGUGUUUCAGGUGUUUUGUUGUUCCAUUCUACCUUAGGACUAAUGCUUAUCUCCACACAUUCUUUAGUGGGAACUGGUCAGCACUGCUGGCAGAAUCCUUAAGUACUCGCUCACCCUUGUCCAUAUGGAUCUAGCGGCUAUUGGGAUUCCCCUUUUGUUGUUUUCUACACUGAAAUUGUAAGAUUCAUUUUUUUAUUUAUUAUUUACCUCAAUACUUGUCCUGAAUUGCAAUCCUUUUUAAAUGUUAUACAGGGCUGAAAUACCGAAAUUACUGUACAUCUGUAACGCCAGAUAGUAAGGAGUGACGGUAGCCGAGUAAAAAGUACAGAUAGGUUUAAUAAGAGGCUAACAGAUAUAGCAAACAGUAUAGCCAGGCAAACAGUAACCUCACCAGAAACAGAAAUCGUAGUCCGGGUUCAUAACCAAAAAAACAGUCCAACCAUACAUCGAAUCCAAAAAGGGCAAAACAAAAGACAUAAACUGAUAUACCAAAAAAUAAUGUCGCAACAUGAAGGCAAUCAUAAACACAGGAGAAAAACGCUCAGUAAGCAACGAAAGUCGACAAAACCUUGCAGUGUUUGUUUACAAACAGCCGCCUUAAAUACAGGAAGCUUGAGGGGAAUGAACCGGACACAGGUGAGUCUGAGCGUCGGAGCGUCAUGUGAUUGGGUGAAGGUGAGCGGGUGCUAUUGACAUCAUUGUUCAUGGGAGUUUGGGAAAUGGAGUCCAGUAGUGUGGAAAGGACAACAUCAAUAAACAAAAUGAAGCUGACAAAUACUGAAACAUCUUUUUUAACCUUAACUGCAUAACACUGCAGGGUUUUUUAUGUACUGCACUAAUGCUGCCUUUAGUUCCACCUCAGAUGAUUUGACUAGACACUAAGCACGCUAAGAAUAGCACAUUGUGAGCAUCAGAUGAGUGAUAUCAUUAUCCAGUAAGAUGCAGCAGUAGCACAAACUUAGAAAAAAAAUGCUUGGUGCAAUAUUGUUGCUUACAAUGGCAGAGUUGAGACUUAUGGGGUCAAAAAAACUAUAAUGCAUGUUAUUUUUACCAUAAAACCUUGUUACUAGUUAUACCGCUUUUAGACUCUGGUGUUUUUCUGCGCUAGAAAUGCGCACCCUCUCCACUUUUAGACUCUUUGGCCCGUUUUUCUGCGCUACAACUGCGCACCCUCUCCGCUUUUAGACUCUUUGGCCCGUUUUUCUGCGCUACACCUGCGCACCCUCUCCGCUUUUAGACUCUUUGGCCCGUUUUUCUGCGCUACAACUGAUCACCCUCUCCGCCUUUAGACUCUUUGGCCUGUUUUUCUGCGCUACAACUGCACACCCUCUCCGCUUUUAGACUCUGGUGUUUUUCUGCGCUAGAAAUGCGCACCCUCUCCACUUUUAGACUCUUUGGCCCGUUUUUCUGCGCUACAACUGCGCACCCUCUCCGCUUUUAGACUCUUUGGCCCGUUUUUCUGCGCUACAACUGCACACCCUCUCCGCUUUUAGACUCUGGUGUUUUUCUGCGCUAGAAAUGCGCACCCUCCCACUUUUAGACUCUUUGGCCCGUUUUUCUGCACUAUAACUGCGCACCCUCUCCGCUUUUAGACUCUUUGGCCCGUUUUUCUGUGUUACAACUGAUCACCCUCUCCGCUUUUAGACUCUUUGGCCCGUUUUUCUGCGCAACAACUGCACACCCUCUCCGCUUUUAGACUCUUUGGCCAGUUUUUCUGUGCUACAACUGCGCACCCUCUCCACUUUUACACUCUUUGGCCCGUUUUUCUGCGCUACAAGUGCGCACCAUCUCCGCUUUUAGACUCUUUGGCCCGUUUUUCUGUGCUACAACUGCGCACCCUCUCCGCUUUUAGACUCUUUGGCCCGUUUUUCUGCGCUACAACUGCGCACCCUCUCCGCUUUUAGACUCCUUGGUGUUUUUCUGCGCUACAACUGCGCACCCUCUCCGCUUUUAGACUCUUUGGCCGUUUUUCUGCUCUACAACUUAGCACUUUCUCCGCUUUUAGACUCUUUGGCCGUUUUUUUGUGCUCUACAACUGAGCACUCUCUCCGCUUUUAGACUCUUUGGCCGUUUUUCUGCUCUACAACUGAGCACUGUCUCCGCUUUUAGACUCUUUGGCCCGUUUUUCUGCGCUACAACUGCGCACCCUCUCCGCUUUUAGAUUCUUUGGUGUUUUUCUGCACUAGAAAUGCGCACCCUCUCCGCUUUUAGACUCUUUGGCUGUUUUUCUGCGCUAUAACUGCGCACCCUCUCCGCUUUUAGACUCUUUGGUGUUUUUCUGCGCUACAAAUGCGCACCCUCUCCGCUUUUAGACUCUUUGGCCAUUUUUUUGCGCUACAACUGAGCGCCCUCUCCGCUUUUAGACUCUUUGGACCGAUUUUCUGCGCUAUAACUGCGCACCCUCUCCGCUUUUAGACUCUUUGGCCCGUUUUUCUGCGCUACAACUGAGCACCCUCUCCGCUUUUAGACUCUUUGGCCCGUUUUGAUUCAUUGAUUCAUGAUUCAUUUCAUGAUGUCUCUUAAUAUUAAACUCCUUAAUUACGGCAACUUUUAGACUCUUUGGCCUGCUUUUCUGCUCUACAACUGCGCACCCUCUCCGCUUUUAGACUCUUUGGCCGUUUUUCUGCGCUACAACUGCGCACCCUCUCCGCUUUUAGAUUCUUUGGUGUUUUUCUGCACUAGAAAUGCGCACCCUCUCCGCUUUUAGACUCUUUGGUGUUUUUCUGCACUAGAAAUGCGCACCCUCUCCGCUUUUAGACUCUUUGGUGUUUUUCUGCGCUACAACUGCGCACCCUCUCCGCUUUUAGACUCUUUGGACCGAUUUUCUGCGCUACAACUGCGCACCCUCUCCGCUUUUAGACUCUUUGGCCCGUUUUUCUGCGUUACAACUGCGCACCCUCUCCGCUUUUAGACUCUUUGGCCCAUUUUUCUGCGCUAUAACUUUUCUGUGCUACAACUGCGCACCCUCUCCGCUUUUAGACUCUUUGGCCCGUUUUUCUGCAUUACAACUGAACACUCUCUCCUCUUUUAGACUCUUUGGCCCGUUUUCCUGCAUUACAACCUCGCACUCUCGCCGCUUUUAGAGUCUUUGGCCCGUUUGUAACACUCUGACCAAACUAAGGAGAUACUAAUAAAAUCCAGAACCUAAUUUAGUAGGAGGAAAACUUGAGCAAGCAAAUACUAGAAUACAUCAGAGCUUGUAAAAGUAGAAAGUUUACUAAUUUCCUAACAACAUCAGCCACAACAAAGUAAAACCAAAAAAUACACAUUUGAGAAACGUCACUAAUUACAAAAGAUCAUGAACCUUAAAAUAGGAAUAGUAAUCAAGGUAUAAAGAGGUUAUCCGAAAAAGACACCAAAAAAUCAACAAUAAUAAUCCAAGCAAAAAUAAUGUCCAAAAAUUAAAUGAUAAUCCAAGCAAAAAUUAAGCAAAAACAAAAAAAACAACAAAACCCCCAAAUUGUAUCCAGAGCCCAACAAGUAUCAAACAAAACCAAACAAGCGAGGCACAAAAAAAGGGAAUAAUCUCACCCAGCUCCUUGAUGUAUCUCCACCGGCUAGAGAACAAUUACAUUGCCAAGGACAAAAUAAAAAAGGUAAAAAAUAAAACCAAAAGGAGCCAAAAAAUUGCUAGGGCUUGAAGCAGCAUUGCCUUCUCUGGCCUGCCUUCUCCCUGACCUCUCAAAAAACAAAAUGGCUGCACCACUUCCUGUUUCCUGUAGGCUUCUAUUCAAAAUAAGAGUCACCUUUAAAAAAAAAAAAAAUGAAAACAGCUUAAAAUAGACAAUAGGUAGAGGCCCAACACCACACCUUAUCUUCCUUGUGAAAAGUCAUAGGAAACUAGGAAUUAUACUUUCUGUGGCGUAACCUAAAUAACACAAUUUGAAAUAUAUUAUAGUAUUAUUCUAAAGUAGGUCUCACCACAGGUUCCCUUAUGUAGUGGCAUCACACGUUUUUUUGAGCUAUAACUGCGCACUCUCUCCGCUUUUAGACUCUUUGGCCCGUUUCUGACACCUAGUGUUCAAACUUUGAAUCUCACAUUAUAAAAACCUGCUUAACAGCGGGCCAACUUUCAUUCCAUUUCUAAAAUAAGUUUGGGCACCCCUGCUCUAAAUGAAACAUAACUGCUGUUUUCUUUUCAAGGACAUUAAAAGGUUGUCCAUGUUUAUUUUUCUUUCACUGCUGUUUAAAAUGAUAAAAAAAAUGUAAACUGCACGCAGCCGUUAAUUUGGUACUCAGCAGAGCUCACCUGCUGUAUUAAAAGGCCACUUUAGCUAAUGCUGGGUUCGUACUACACGACUACAGGGCCUACUUUUAAUCACUGGUAAAAGUCUCAGUCAUUGUGUGUAAAAGGCUGUAAAAUCUGAGAGGUGUGAUAUCUAAACUGCAAGACACAAGAUGAACUGCAUGCAUUUGAAAUUUACAUACUAAACUCAAGUUUGAACUUGAGCCAAAGUUUUAAGCCAACUAAAAGAACAAGGGAUUUAAUUAGUUUGUGUUCUUUAUAUUUACAUUUCUUUAAAAUUUGUUGUGAGAAAUAAAUUCCUGAUGCGAGAAAGAUGAUAAGAAAAGGUUAUAUUAACAAAAUGUAAUUGAUUUUAUUUGUUUAAAUAAUUUGUCUUUUGGUCAAAUAAAAAAACUUGAUUUUUCUGUAA